GGGAGCUCUCGCGAGAGGUUUACUGUCUUUGAGAGGAGCAUCACGCGCGAGGAGAGCAUCGCUUCAGCGUUUGGUUUAUCACCGUGAGACACACAGCACUCAGAAUGAACAGACUACAUCUUCAGCCGUUACGCUGUGGGUGAGCAGCUGGGCAAAGGUGGAUUUGGUGUGGUGUACGAAGGUACACGUCUGGAGGAUAAUCUUAAAGUGGCUUUGAAAUACGUCACAAAGACAGAGCACAUGGAAUGUAUAUCAAUUCCUGAUCAUCCAGACCCUCUCCCAAAAGAGAUUGCCCUCACUAUCAUGGCGAAUAAAGGUCACAGAGUGCCAGAAAUCAUCAGACUGCUGGACUGGACGGAUCACUCUGACCACUACGUCAUGGUCCUGGAAUGUCCCUCUCCCUGUGAGAAUCUGGUUGAGUUCAUCAGGCGUCACGGUGGAAGCUUGGACGAGGAGAAAACACGGCAGAUCAUGUGGCAGGCGACAAACGCCGCACACAUGUGCUGCCUCCGUAAAGUGCUCCACCGUGACGUCAAACUGGAGAACCUUCUCAUCAACAGGGAGACAUCCGAAGUCAAGCUGAUCGACUUCGGAUGUGGGGACAUUCUGGGAAGUUCACCGUUCAAGUCAUACCAUGGCACACCAGAGUACUCUCCUCCUGAGUACCACCGCAGGGGAGAGUACCAAGGCUGGCCGGCGACGGUCUGGUCACUAGGGAUUGUAAUGUUCACAUUGUUGUGUGGAGAUUUCCCUAGUUACCAGGACCUGCUCCUGCUGGAGCACAACAAGUGGUCCAAACCUGGCCUGUCACAGGAAUGCUGUGACUUACUAAGGGUUCUUCUCCACGAGAAGCCAAUCCGGCGACUUGGUCUGGGGCAAAUCAGGUCCCACAACUGGUUUAUGGUCGUCUUAUAGGACCACUCCGGUUGGCGCCUCUCUUGCAGCUUUGCGUCUUGCGGGCUGCAGCGGGAGGUGCUUUCAUCCCUCCUCUCGCCUUUGCGUCUUGCGGGGCGAGCAAGCCUUGUGUAGCGUCUUGCGCCUUGGCUUGAGGAAGCAGUAUUAGCGUCUGGCGGUACUGCUUCCGGGGGGGAUGUGUACAUAUUGUAUAUAUGUACAUACUUCUUUUGGUUGCCCCUUUUUGUUUGUCCCAUCAUGGCCGCUCCAUUCCUGAGGUUCCUGCCACAGCUGUCCAGAUGCCAGAGCUCUCGGUCUUCACCUUCACAGUGAUGGAGCUCCUAUUCUCUGUUUUCCGGAGGAAAACACAU